CUGCUCAAAGAUCCUCCAUUCUCUCCUCCACACUGUCCUGCUCCCGCACGCCCCCCCCUCCCCCCCCCUCCUCCUCCUGCUCUUUCCCUUUCAUUCCGUACCCCAUACGUACCUAUCAUCUUCACGCCAAUCACAUCGAGAUUUGCCAGCUGCAUCUCUCCCUGCUUUCGUGUUCCAGCCUUUCCGCUACGCUGGAUCAGAACGCCCUGGACAAAGUAGCAGCAGCGUCGGAAACUCUCCUCUUCAAAAGGGUAAAGGAUGUGUUUCCCCGAACCGGUUUACAGUAGUAUGGCGUUCCAAAAGAAGAUCGAGCAGCUGCAUACUGAUUUCACUCACUUGGAACUAUCACGAAACUCAUCAGGAUCCGACUCAUGCCAAGCUGCGUCAGACGACCUAAUGCAAAUGUUUUGGAGUGAGCUGCCAGCAAAUGCGUGCCCGUCAUCGUCGGACAGUCCAAAGAAAAUCUGCAGUCACUGUUCAAGACUGAACUCGAAGGCCAUUGACUCGCAAGGCAAUGUUGAGUGUGCUGGAUGCUAUAGAUUCUUCAAAGACUCGCAAGACAGCUUGGAAGCAACAAUAGACGACCAUGGAAACUUCCGGUCUACAUGAUUGCGUUGAUCGAAUCGGCUGCUCUGGCCCAGGAUUGUGAUCGCGGACUGACUGGGUGACUGCUCCCGAGCCACAUUGCAACCGUUUGAGAUCUAUUGCUAGUGACCUGGAAAUUUUGAAAGCUGGAUCACAAGGUUAGUG